GAGGGCAAAAAGGUCCAUGCGUAUAAAACCCACCCCUUUUUUUCUAGGGCUCCGUAUUCAUUUCAACCCACUCUGCACUUGUGCGGCUACUGAGAAGAAAACGAAGAUGAAGGCUGCUCUGUGCCUCCUGGUCGUGCUCACCAUAGCCGUCAUCGGCACCCUGGCUACCUCUCAGCCAAACUGCGCCGCUAGCCCCUGCGAUCCAAGCAAGUGCCCAAACACUGCCAGCUGCAAGUGCGGUACUUACAAGGACGCCUGCAACUGCUGCGAUGUCUGCUACAAGUGCCCCGGUGAGGCCUGUGUGCCAGUCUUCCAGGACAAGUGCGCCGGCAAGACCACCUGCCAGCUGGAGCCCGGCGCAGCCAUCCUGACCGGCGCCACCGGCAUCUGCUCCGAGAAGGGAUACGUCUUCAACAGCGAGAAGAGCCACCACGGCUGAGCGACAUGGUGUCCGUCCGCAGCUGUGAUAGGGGCACAUGCGUAUGGGCCCCGGCCUAGUGUGAUAUAUACCUUUAAUUUUAUAUCUGCUGCUUCAAGAAACUGUUACCGGUAUUCCCAGUGUAAAAAUAAAAAUUUCUUACGUUUUUUUUGCCGU